AUGGUUGAGGAAGCAGAGGUUAGAGAACGAUUCGAAGCGGCUGGACAGGGCCACGUCUUCCAAUAUUUUGGGGAGUUGUCGGCACCUGAAAAAGAAGCAUUUCUGAAUGAAUUGGAUGGUAUCAAUGUUGAGUCAACCGCUAGCUUAUUGGAGGCUGCCAAAGCAACAUCUCUUGCAACGGCCAAGCCCUCCGACGCAGGUGAAGCUUCAGCGAAUUCAGGUAUCCGACCAUUCUCAAAGCAUGUUGGUCGCACAUCUGUCAAAGAGGAUCGAGAACCAUCCUACCAGCUGGGAAUUGAGGCCACUAGCCGUGGAGAGGUAGCUGCUUUGGUGUUGGCUGGAGGACAAGGAACUCGUCUAGGCUUUUCUGGCCCAAAGGGAUUAUAUUCGAUUGAUCUUCCCAGCAAGCGCACUUUGUUCCAGGUGAUUUCGGAGCGCUUGCUCAAGCUUCGUCAGCUAGCCGCAAAGGACUCCAGCCACCUGCCAUCCGUCCCGUUCUACAUCAUGACGUCUCCUCUCAAUCAUGACGAAACUGUUGGCUUCUUUGAGAAAAACUCGUUCUUUGGGCUACCAAAGGAAGAUGUUUGCUUUUUCCGACAAGGCAUGUUGCCAUGCCUUACCGAGGAAGGAAAGAUCAUUUUGGAAGGCUCCGGAAAGGUAUCCAUGGCUCCUGAUGGCAAUGGAGGCAUCUAUCCCUCUCUUGUCAAGACUGGUAUGCUUGCAGACAUGGAACAACGCAAUAUCAAGUAUUUACACGUAUUCAGCAUUGACAAUGCCUUGACAAAGCCAGCCGAUCCCACAUUUAUUGGCUACUGCAUUUCGCAAGGAGCUGAUUGUGGAAACAAAGUCGUUUGGAAGACGUCUGCUCACGAGAAAGUUGGUGUGAUCGCGGAAAAGGAUGGAAAGUCAUGUGUCGUUGAGUACUCGGAUAUUUCGACGGAAAUGGCAGAAGCUGUUGACAACAAUGGCCGUCUGCGAUUUGGUGCGGGGAACAUUUGCAACCAUUUCUACACCAUUGAUUUCUUGAAGACCGAGAUUCUCCCACAGCUUGGAAACAUUUAUCACAUUGCAAGGAAAAAGAUUCCGUACUACGAUCCAGAAACAAAGACAACUGUCACACCAACCGCCAACAAUGGUCUCAAGUUGGAGACAUUCAUCUUUGAUGUCUUCCCUUUGUCCAAGUCUAUGGCCGUUCUUGAUGUCAACCGAAGUGAAGAGUUUGCACCUGUGAAGAAUGCACCUGGAUCUCCGUCGGACUCCCCUGAUACUGCUAGAGCGUACAUUUCUGAAUUGGCGAAAAAGUGGGUUCAAGAUGCGGGAGGAAAACUAGUGGGGGAUAUGGAAGCGAUUUGCGAAGUUGCACCACUCACAAGCUAUGGUGGCGAGGGAUUGGAAGACAAAGUCAAAAGCAAGGAAAUUACAUGCCCAUUUUCACUAUAA